AUGUCAGAUGUGUUUUCUAUAUUUAAAAAAAAACGGAAUAAAAAAACAAAGUUGUAUAAAACGUCAACAAAUAAAGGUAAUACUAAAAGGGGGAUAUUGAUGAAUGAUAAAAGUAGGAGGAAGGCUUAUGGAACGCCGAGUGCAAAAGAUAGUAUAUACGGAGAGAAGAACAUUAAGAUUACAAAUAAUAGUAAUAAUAAUAAUAAUAACAAAAAUAAUAAUAAGAUUAGUAAUAAUAACAAAAAUAAUAACAUUAGUAAUAAUACUAAUUAUCAUGAUUUGUAUGAUGAUGAUACAAUAAACCGAAAUAAUCAACAAGAAGUAAAUAUUGUUCUCGAGAAUUUCCCCAAGUUGCCAAUAAAAAAUGUGGAGCUUUGUGAAGAUAUUUAUAAUAUAUUUUAUAUAAGAGAUCAAUAUUUAAUAGGGAAUAAGAAUAUCUUAAUAAAUAAUGAUCAUAUAAUAUUAUUAGAAACCAUUUUAGAUAAAAUAGAGAAUGCUAUAAACGAUAUGAUGCAUAGAGAAGAUUUAUAUUGUACAAAGAAAGUAUUAAGUAGUGUACACGAAAAAAUGUUGUGUUUAUAUAAUAGUUUUAAGAAUAUAAAAAGUAUGUUUCCUCAAUUAUCGAAUUCUUAUGAUUGUUUUAAGAGUAAUGUAAUAUUUAUUAAAGCAAAACAAUUUAAAAAAAAUUAUGUAUAUGAUAAUUUAAUAAAUAUAUAUACCUAUUUACAAGAUAGUGAGAUUCAACAAGAUAAUAUAGAAGUAUAUAAUGAAAUCUUAUAUAUAAAUGAUAAACAAAUAUCUUCACCAUCUUUUAUAAAUAAAAAUAUGUUAACAACAAAUGAUUAUAUCGAAUUCUUACCCAUGAAAUUUAAUACACAUUUUAUAGAAUUAAAUAAAAUAUCUGUAUAUUAUUUAUAUGAAGAAUCUAUGAAUCAUAUUAUAUGGCAAAAAGUUUUAGACGAAUUAAUUGUUGUCAAAGCUUUAGCAGAUAUCCCAUAUUUUGAUUUAACGGAAAUUGAAGGCUUCGAUUUUAAAAAAAUGAAAUCAGGACAAAGACAAUGGUAUCCUAUAUAUAUAGCCAAAGAAUUAAGUGAUGAAGGACUUGCCACGGUAGAAUUCCCUUUCUGGUUUUAUAUAGAUAAUUUAAAACAUAUUUAUAAAAAAGAAUUUGAUGAUAUCAAUGAACUUACCGAUUUACCAAGUCCUUUUUUUUUUGAAAUAUCCUCUAUGUUCUUAGAAAACAAUUGUUUUAAAAAUUCAACGCCCAUAGAAACCAUAGGUCAAAGAACGCCUUAUAAAUAUAUCCUCAAGGUGGCAGGCCUUAUACAAGAUAUAAGACAAAAACGGAUCUACAAGAUUAUGAACAAAAUUAAAAGCUGUGAUAUAUUUUCUGAGAUAUUAAUGAUAAACAACAUUCAGAUAUAUGAAACAUAUUGUGUUAAUUAUUUAGCUUCUGUAUUUUUUCAAAAAAAUACUUCUACAAAUUCUUUUGAUGAAUCUUUUGAUAUUAGAAAUUAUUUAUUUGAUCCUUUUAUUUUUAGCUCAUACAAUACAUAA